AUGGCUCGUACCAAGCAGACAGCCCGCAAGUCGACCGGUGGCAAAGCCCCCCGCAAGCAGCUUGCCUCCAAGGCCGCUCGCAAGUCCGCCCCGUCUACCGGUGGUGUCAAGAAGCCUCACCGCUACAAGCCCGGAACCGUCGCUCUCCGUGAGAUCCGUCGCUACCAGAAGUCCACCGAGCUCCUGAUCCGCAAGCUCCCAUUCCAGCGUCUGGUCCGCGAAAUCGCCCAGGACUUCAAGAGCGAUCUUCGCUUCCAGUCUUCGGCUAUCGGCGCUCUCCAGGAGUCCGUUGAGGCUUACCUCGUCUCCCUCUUCGAGGACACCAACCUUUGCGCCAUCCACGCCAAGCGUGUCACCAUCCAGAGCAAGGACAUUCAGCUUGCUCGUCGUCUCCGUGGCGAGCGCGGAUAG